UACUUUCAUCCCUACAUAUGAGGCUGAAACCCACAGAGUCAAACAUCUACUGUAGGCUAUCAGGCAUACCAUUUGACAUGAAUUCCUGCUUUGGACUAAUUCAGACCCAUGGAUAUAAGAGCUCGUGGAUCAACUUCGCCUUUAUUUGCUUAAUGCUGUGCAUGUGGACUAGUGUAGAGUGCUGGUCUUAUUUCUAUUCAAACAACACAAUGACAUGGGAAAAUGCACGAAGCUGGUGCCAGGAGCACUACACGGACAUGGUGGCCAUCCAGAACCAGGAAGAGAUCGAGCAUCUUAACAACUGGCUGCCCAAGAAAAAUGGCUACUACUGGAUUGGAAUCCGUAAGAUCAAUAAUGUCUGGACCUGGGUAGGAACCAACAAGCCUCUGACAGAGGAAGCAACCAACUGGGCAGAAGGAGAACCGAACAACAGCAAGAGUGACAAAAAUGCAAAGAUCAGUGAGGACUGUGUGGAGAUGUAUAUUAAAAGAGAUAAAGAACCAAGCAAGUGGAAUGACGAGAGUUGUACAAAAUCAAAGACUGCUCUGUGCUACACAGCGGCUUGUAAGAUUGACUCCUGUUUGCAUGGAGAGUGUGUUGAAACCAUCAACAGCCACAAAUGUGAUUGCUUUGAAGGGUUUUUUGGAGACAAGUGUGACCAAGCUGUGCAGUGUAACAAAAGCGAAGUUAUUGCCCCAGAAAAAGGAUCCCAAAAUUGCUCUCACAAGUAUGGUAGUUUCACCUAUGAAUCCUUGUGUCAGUAUUCCUGUGAGGAAGGAUACAAGCUGAGUGUGCAGAAAUCUCUAAGGUGUACUUCCUCAGGGAAAUGGUCAGAAAAGCCACCUUUGUGUGAAUUGAUUCAGUGUGAGAAGAUGUCAGAGCCGACACAUGGAUCCAUGAAAUGCUCUGAUCCUCUGGGCUCAUUCAGCUAUCAGUCCACCUGUACUUUUACCUGUGAUGAAGGUUAUGUACUGUCUGGAUCUCCAUCUCUGCAAUGUGAAGCAUCAGCAAAUUGGAAUGGAUCCCAGCCAUACUGUGUUGCUGUUCAGUGCCCUGCGCUGCAAAACUUGACAAAUGGCUUUGUCAGCUGUGGAGAAGAUGCUGAUACGAGGUUCAGCUACAAAAACACCUGCAGCUUCAGUUGUGACCAAGGUUACCAUUUAGUGGGAGCCAGUAGAGUGACCUGCACAUCAGGACGUACAUGGAAUCAGCAGAUUCCUCACUGUGAAGCCAUCCUUUGCCAGAAUCCAGAGAGAGAAGCUCCCCUCAUCAUGCAGUGCAGUGAAUCUGAGACUGAACUGCGACCAAACUCCACCUGCAGCUUCAGCUGUGAAGAAGGUUUUGAACUGCAGGGAGCAAACACCAUCAAGUGUUCUGAGGACGGACAGUGGAAUGAAAACAUACCUACAUGCAAAGCAAAAGGAUGUCCUGCUCCAGAGGUCCCAACAAAUGGUCAGAUAAGCUGCAGCCCUUCUCUGUCUUCAUUUCUUAGUCAUGAGACACCCCAUCCACUUGGCAUGGUUUGUCAUUUUACAUGUGAUGAAGGACAUGAGCUGCAAGGUGCACACAGCAUGGAGUGUACACAUCCAGGCCAAUGGACCUCCAGAUCACCAACCUGCACAGCUGUUACAUGUUUGUUGCUUGAGGCUCCUGAAAACGGUCACAUCAGUUGUUCCAGUACUGAGUCAGUUUACAGCUCUCAGUGCUCCUUCACCUGUGACCAAGGCUACUCAUUAGAAGGACCUGAGCUGCUGACAUGUGGUCAUCAUGGUAACUGGACUGCAGAGAAACCCACCUGUCAAGCCAUCCUUUGCCAGAAUCCAGAGAGAGAAGCUCCCCUCAUCAUGCAGUGCAGUGAAUCUGAGACUGAACUGCGACCAAACUCCACCUGCAGCUUCAGCUGUGAAGAAGGUUUUGAACUGCAGGGAGCAAACACCAUCAAGUGUUCUGAGGACGGACAGUGGAAUGAAAACAUACCUACAUGCAAAGCAAAAGGAUGUCCUGCUCCAGAGGUCCCAACAAAUGGUCAGAUAAGCUGCAGCCCUUCUCUGUCUUCAUUUCUUAGUCAUGACACACCCCAUCCACUUGGCAUGGUUUGUCAUUUUACAUGUGAUGAAGGACAUGAGCUGCAAGGUGCACACAGCAUGGAGUGUACACAUCCAGGCCAAUGGACCUCCAGAUCACCAACCUGCACAGCUGUUACAUGUUUGUUGCUUGAGGCUCCUGAAAACGGUCACAUCAGUUGCUCCAGCACUGAGUCAGUUUACAACUCUCAGUGCUCCUUCACCUGUGACCAAGGCUACUCAUUAGAAGGACCUGAGCUGCUGACAUGUGGUCAUCAUGGCAACUGGACUGCAGAGAAACCCACCUGUCAAGCUCCUGCUCCAGUAGCUGCAAUUACUGUUGGUGUGGCAACAGGGGGCACUGCCUUGUUAUCUGGUGUGUCUAUGGCUUUGUGGCUCUUGAAAAAAAUGAAGAAGAAAGCUGACGCAUAUGAGCUGAGCAGCAACUCUGACAUAGAGGCUCCUCUACAGAGCUACAAAAAGCAAGAAUCAUCCCUACACAUACUAAGGCUGAAAGCUAGAGAAUCAAGUGCCUUCUGGAGUUUAUCAGGCAUAUCAUUUAAAAUGGAUUCCUUCUUUGGACUAACCCAUGGAUAUAAGAGCUCUGCCUCAUGGAUCAACUUCGCCGUUAUUUGUUCAAUGCUGUGCAUGUGGACUAGUGUAGAGUCUUGGUCUUACUUCUACUCGGACAACGCAAUGACAUGGGAUGAUGCACGAAGCUGGUGCCAGGAGCACUACACGGACAUGGUGGCCAUCCAGAACCAGGAGGAGCUUGAGCAUCUUAACAACUGGCUGCCCAAGAAAAAUGGCUACUACUGGAUUGGGAUUCGUAGGAUUAAUAAUGUCUGGACCUGGGUAGGAACCAACAAGCCUCUGACAGAAGAAGCAACCAACUGGGCAAAAGGAGAACCGAACAAUAACGAGGGUGACAAAAACACAGGCAUGCAUGAGGAUUGUGUGGAGAUGUAUAUUAAAAGAGAUAAAGAACCAGGCAAGUGGAAUGACGAGAGAUGUACAAAAUCAAAGACUGCUCUGUGCUACACAGCGGCUUGUAAGAUUGACUCCUGUUUCCACGGAGAGUGUGUUGAAACCAUCAACAGCCACAAAUGUGAUUGCUUUGAAGGUUUUUUUGGACACAAGUGUGACCAAGUUGUGCAGUGUAACAAAGGUGAAGUGGUUGUUCCAGAUAAAGGACAUGUAAAUUGCUCUCACAAGUAUGGCAGUUUCUCCUAUGACUCCUUGUGUCAGUAUUCCUGUGAGGAAGGAUACAAGCUGAGUGUGCCAGGACCUUUGAGGUGUACUUCCUUAGGAAAAUGGUCAGAAAAACCCCCUACAUGUGAAAUGAUUCAGUGUGAGAAGAUGUCAGAGCUGACACAUGGAUCAAUGAAAUGCUCCGAUCCUCUGGGCUCAUUCAGCUAUCAGUCCACCUGUACUUUUACCUGUGAUGAAGGUUAUGUACUGUCUGGAUCUUCAUCUCUGCAAUGUGAAUCAUCAGCAAAUUGGAAUGGAUCCCAGCCAUACUGUGUUGCUGUUCAGUGCCCUGCUCUGCAAAACUUGACAAAUGGCUUUGUCAGCUGUGGAGAAGAUGCUGAUACGAGGUUCAGCUACAAAAACACCUGCAGCUUCAGUUGUGACCAAGGUUACCAUUUAGUGGGAGCCAGUAGAGUGACCUGCACAUCAGGAGGUACAUGGAAUCAGCAGAUUCCUCACUGUGAAGCCAUCCUUUGCCAGAAUCCAGAGAGAGAAGCUCCCCUCAUCAUGCAGUGCAGUGAAUCUGAGACUGAACUGCGACCAAACUCCACCUGCAGCUUCAGCUGUGAAGAAGGUUUUGAACUGCAGGGAGCAAACACCAUCAAGUGUUCUGAGGACGGACAGUGGAAUGAAAACAUACCUACAUGCAAAGCAAAAGGAUGUCCUGCUCCAGAGGUCCCAACAAAUGGUCAGAUAAGCUGCAGCCCUUCUCUGUCUUCAUUUCUUAGUCAUGACACACCCCAUCCACUUGGCAUGGUUUGUCAUUUUACAUGUGAUGAAGGACAUGAGCUGCAAGGUGCACACAGCAUGGAGUGUACACAUCCAGGCCAAUGGACCUCCAGAUCACCAAUCUGCACAGUUGUUCGAUGCCCGCUGCUUGAGGCUCCUGAAAACGGUCACAUCAGUUGCUCCAGCACUGAGUCAGUUUACAACUCUCAGUGCUCCUUCACCUGUGACCAAGGCUACUCAUUAGAAGGACCUGAGCUGCUGACAUGUGAUCAUCAUGGCAACUGGACUGCAGAGAAACCCACCUGUCAAGCCAUCCUUUGCCAGAAUCCAGAGAGAGAAGCUCCCCUCAUCAUGCAGUGCAGUGAAUCUGAGACUGAACUGCGACCAAACUCCACCUGCAGCUUCAGCUGUGAAGAAGGUUUUGAACUGCAGGGAGCAAACACCAUCAAGUGUUCUGAGGACGGACAGUGGAAUGAAAACAUACCUACAUGCAAAGCAAAAGGAUGUCCUGCUCCAGAGGUCCCAACAAAUGGUCAGAUAAGCUGCAGCCCUUCUCUGUCUUCAUUUCUUAGUCAUGACACACCCCAUCCACUUGGCAUGGUUUGUCAUUUUACAUGUGAUGAAGGACAUGAGCUGCAAGGUGCACACAGCAUGGAGUGUACACAUCCAGGCCAAUGGACCUCCAGAUCACCAACCUGCACAGCUGUUACAUGUUUGUUGCUUGAGGCUCCUGAAAACGGUCACAUCAGUUGCUCCAGCACUGAGUCAGUUUACAGCUCUCAGUGCUCCUUCACCUGUGACCAAGGCUACUCAUUAGAAGGACCUGAGCUGCUGACAUGUGAUCACCAUGGCAACUGGACUGCAGAGAAACCCACCUGCCAAGCUCCUGCUCCAGUUGCAGCAGUCACUGCUGGUAUAGCCACAGGAGGGAUUGCCUUCCUCUCUGGUGUGCUUAUGGCUAUGUGGAUCUUUAAAAAACUGAAGAAAUCAAACAAGUUUGAACAGCAUCUCUGACAUAGAGGCUCCUCCACAGAGUUUCCAAGAACAGUAUUGACAGCCUAAUAUAGCAAAAACGUGCUAUAAUAGAAAACUACAGAUGGUUUUACGCAUUAUGUGUGAAUUAUCAUUGUAGUGCAUAGCAGCAAAUAAUUUGAUAUAGAAUUCAUGUAAUAUUUAUUUUCUUAAAAAAGCAUUAUUUUUUAAGGUGGUGUGUGUGUGUGUGUGUGUGUGUGUGUGUGUGUGUGUGUCCCAAACUCUACAGUCUGUUGAUAAUGAGGGCCCUGUGCGCUCCCUACUACACCUAGCUGAUCCAGUAAUUGCUUUUCCUCCUCUGCAUUUAUCAUCAUCUGCCUGUCCUGUCAUGAUAGCUGAGUGUGUGUGUGUGUGUGUGUGUGUGUGUGUGUGUGUGUGUGUGUGUGUGUGUGUGUGUGUUCUAUUUUUUGACUUUGUUACUGUAACACUUCAAAUUUGAUGUUUUUUAUCUGCUGUUUUCUAUGUUCGGAAAUGUUCUGAUAUUCAUUUGAAAAAAAUAUACGGAGGACUAAUAAAAAAGUUCAGCCAGU